UUAAUAAGAAAAUGACAUGGCAGCAUUUUAAUAUAAAAUUAUUCAUUUGUGUUCACCUGAAGAAAAGAAGCCAUAUACAUCUGGGAGUACAGUCUGAGACUAGCCUACUUUAAAAUAUUGAUGGACUGUUCCUUUAAGGCUGUUGGCUUAAAGCUCACAUUUUGCAUGGCUAAAAACACUUACAUAUGAUAAGCAAGUUUUAUUUAAAAAAAUAUGUUAAAUACAUUUUAAAAUGAGUACAUUAAGUUUUAUUUUACUGCCCAGUAGCCUACAGUAAAUAUUUAACCCUGAAUUCUCAUUCCACUGUAGCCAACAGAAAGAUGAAACCGCUGCUCCUUGCUGCCAUCCUGUGGGUACUCUCAUACACGACGGUAUCCAGCGCAACAGAGCUGUUUCAUCUCAAUAAGGUUUCCUUUGAGGAUACAGUGACUCUGAGAAACAGUAGUGACCUCAGUUUACCUCAUUCCCGGAGGAAACGUUUUAUCUCCAGCAGAGACAUGAGAGCUUUACUGGAUUAUCACAACCGCGUGCGUUCACAGGUCUUCCCACCCGCAUCCAACAUGGAAUAUAUGGUGUGGGAUGAAAGACUGGCUAAAUCUGCAGAGUCUUGGUCCUCACAGUGCAUAUGGGAUCACGGUCCACCUCAUGUUUUGCGGCACACAGGACAGAACUUGUCCGUUAUCUCUGGAAGAUACAGGUCAAUCAUUGACCUUGUAAAAUCCUGGUAUGAUGAAAGACACUCUUUCUCCUAUCCAAACAGAUGUACUGGCUUUGUCUGUUCACACUACACUCAGAUGGUGUGGGCCACCAGUAAUAAGAUUGGGUGUGCUAUCAACAGGUGUUCAAACAUGUAUGUGUUUGGGAGCACAUGGAAACAGGCCACCUUACUGGUCUGCAACUAUUCUAUCAAGGGAAACUGGGUCGGAGAGGCUCCAUAUAAGACAGGAAAACCAUGCUCUGCCUGUCCUUCCAGCUAUAGAGGAUCAUGCAAUAAAAACCAAUGUGAUUGCAGAUCAAGAUCUAGAAAAGGGCCAAGUGGUUUUAGAGACUUCUAAAAUAUACACAAUACAGAACAUGCACGUUUUUUUAAAUAUUAAAUAUCAAAGCAUCAAAAAGGAGCCGAAUGAACACCUUUAAUGAUGCUUUUUUUAUUCAAAAUGUGAUGUAGUAAACCACUAAAACAUAAUUUAUAUGGUGCAUUUUUUAAUUAUUAAAUUAAUUAUUCUUUGUUUUUAAAUAUUUCACAGCACUAUACUGUGCACAAAUGAUCCCUAGUUGUCACUGGGGCGGUACUCUUUCUAAAAGUAGAGGUACAAAUUGGUACCAAAAAUAUACAUUAUUGAUACAUAUAUUGAUACACCUUUUCAAAGGGUACUGUCCCAGUCUCAGUGCAUCUCUAAAUUUAAUAUUGAGUGAACUGUUGCUAUCACCCAAUCAAUUCUGUUAUUUUUUGUAUUUUUAUAUCUUUGAUUUGAUAUUUUAUAUCUUAGUUGUUUUCUUGUUUUCUUUAAGGCUAUGGUCUGUUUGCACUGAUUUACUUAUAUUUCUUUGUACGCAUCACAGUGACAAUUUACAUUAAAGGUUAAGCACUUUCUCUUUUCUUUUUUUAUUCUUACAUAUGUAAUAAAUUUUCUUUAAAAUGGGUCUAGUGUUGUGUUGAGGUUUCCAAGUGAUUAUCUUUUUGAAAUGUGUAUUGCACUCAUGUGAACAUGGCUACAUUGUCAACACAUUUGUCCUCAUAAAAACAGACGUUUUAUUUGCCUAUUCGCUCAAAGCACUUCGAUGUAUUCCACAGACUGCUGUAAACACAGCGGUCACAUAAAAUAAGCAUGUCCAAGGCAUGGUGAUUAUUAUGUAUGAGAGUAACUGCUCCCAGAUCAGCAUUGAUGGUCAAAAUAAAAAAAAUGUUUUUAUCGAAGGCAAUUCUGCUGUAAAGCCUUAAAGGGAUAGUUCACCCAAAAAUGAAAAUUC